GUCUGGCUUUAUGGACUUGGUGCUGAGACAGAGUGGAGAACCUUCACUCUCAAUGUCUGGCACUCUCCUCCUCCAACAAAACUGCCUAAGGACAGGUUCCCAUAUGUACAGAGUUGUCACCUAGUUUACUGGACUUGCUCCCGUGCUUUUACCGGCAGCCUGGCACACAGAAAUGUAGCCGGUGAAACUUUUUGCAUGAUUUAUCUCAAGCAUCACCUGCUAAAUUGCUGUGUGUCAGGCUGCUGUUAUAGGUUGUAGGUUCUGAGCCAAUGAAAAAGGUGGCAACCUUUUCAAUUUGUGUAUAUCAGUUGAUGACUGAUGGCUGAAUGUGUGAACAAUUCCAUUUGAAGCAUUGUGUGUGAGGUGAGGUGAAGGUUCUGUUUGUGAUGUUUGAUCUGUGUUGGCUUGUUCACACAUGCAGGUCACCAUGAUGCUGCAUGGAGAAAUAAUGAACAUGCAUGUGUGAACCAGUGCUUAGCUAGAACUGUGGGAGGGAGGUGGCACAAGGAGAACUCUGCACACUUUUUGACCGCUCUUGGGUUGUGAGGGCGUUGUCCCCUUGAAGGGAUUCUUGAGGGCACCAUCCCCUUGAAGACUGACUUGUGCAUACAAUACCUUUCCUCCAUCCUCUCCCAAUUUACUGAGUCCUUCCUUUAUGCUCCUCCCCCUCACUUCAAGCAGGUGGUUCCAUCGUGACCUGAGUGGCAUAGAUGCUGAGACCUUACUCAAAGCACGAGGAGUCCAUGGCAGUUUUUUGGCUCGCCCCAGCCGGAAGAACAAGGGGGAUUUUUCUCUUUCUGUCAGAGUUGGUGAUCAAGUGACCCACAUCCGUAUCCAGAAUACUGGGGAUUUCUAUGACCUCUAUGGGGGAGAGAAAUUUGCCACUUUGUCAGAACUGGUGGAGUAUUACACACAGCAGCAGGGAUCUCUGCAAGACAAAGAUGGAACCAUCAUAGACUUGAAGUAUCCACUGAACUGCUCUGAUCCCACAACAGAAAGGUGGUAUCAUGGGCAUCUUUCUGGUCCAGCAGCUGAGACUUUACUCCAAGCCAAGGUUGCUCCAUGGACCUUCUUGGUACGUGAGAGCCUCAGCAAGCCAGGUGAUUUCGUGCUGUCUGUUCUGACUGACCAACCCAAGUCUGGGGCUGAUGCCACCCCAACAGGAGCCACCAGCACUCCCAAAGAACGACUCAGAGUCACUCACGUCAAGGUCAUGUGUCAGAAGGGGAAGUACACAAUUGGGGGAGCAGAAAUGUUUUGCAACUUGACUGACCUGGUGGAGCAUUUUAAGAAGACAGGAAUUGAGGAGGCAUCUGGAUCAUAUGUGUAUUUGAGACAGCCUUUCAAUGCCACCCGAGUGAAUGCAGCCAACAUUGAGGACAGGGUGCAAGAGCUCAACAAGAGGAGCCAAGUGGAAGAGGCAGCCAAAGGUGGUUUCUGGGAGGAGUUUGAUAGCCUACAGAAACAAGAGACUAAGAACUUGUACAAUCGACAUGAGGGCCAAAGACCAGAGAACAAGGGCAAGAACCGCUACAAGAACAUUUUGCCAUUUGAUCACUCCCGCGUCAUCCUCCAAGACAGAGAUGUGAAUGUUGCUGGGUCGGACUAUAUCAAUGCCAACUACAUCAAGAAUGAGCUGUUCAGCCCUGAGGAGUGCUGUAAAACCUACAUUGCCAGCCAAGGUUGCUUGGAAGCCACCAUCAAUGAUUUCUGGCAGAUGGUGUGGCAAGAAAAUUCACGCAUCAUUGUGAUGACCACCCGGGAGGUGGAGAAAGGAAGGAACAAAUGUGUCCCCUACUGGCCAGAAGUGGGAAGCAGCAAAGAGUAUAGGCCAUACAUAGUGGAGAAUGCUGGAGAACAUGAUGCUCUAGAAUAUAAACUUCGACAUCUCCGUCUUUCACCAGUCAAUAAUAGUGAGGCGGUGCGAGACAUCUGGCAUUACCAGUACCUGAGCUGGCCUGACCAUGGAGUGCCCAGUGAGCCAGGAGGAGUUCUUGGCUUCCUUGACCAAGUCAACCAGAAGCAAGAGAGCAUCCCUGAUGCUGGAUCCAUAGUAGUGCACUGCAGUGCUGGGAUCGGUCGCACCGGCACCAUCAUCGUCAUUGAUAUGAUUGUGGAUAUGAUCUCCACAAAAGGAUUGGACUGUGAUGUAGAUAUCCCAAAGGCCAUUCAGAUGGUUCGAUCCCAGCGCUCAGGAAUGGUGCAGACCGAGGCUCAGUACAAGUUCAUCUACAUGGCCAUCUGCCAGUUCAUAGAGACCACCAAGAAGAAGCUGGAUGUUAUGCAGUCCCAGAAAGGAAGACCACAUGAGUCUGAAUAUGGGAAUAUAACCUACCCGCCUGCACAGAAGACUUCACACGCAAAGGCCUCACGGAAAUCCUCCAAGCAGAAAGAGGAAGCAACACUCUAUGAGAAUUUAGAGAAUGCCAAAGGCAAGAAAGAGGAGAAAGGACAAAAGCAGUGGCCUUCAGGAAAGGAGAAGAAAGCAAAGGGCUCCCUGAAGAAAAAAUAAUGUUAUGCCGCUUCCGGUGGGACUCCCACACUGCCUUGAUUUGCAGCAAAUGCAGAAUGUCUUGCUUCCUACUAAGAAAUGUCCCCAGUGGUUUACUGAACUGUGGCGAGCCAACCCAAGACAUUUGGGGGAAGAGCUGUAAUUCAGUGGUAGAGCCUAUGCUUGGCAUGCAGAAGGUUGAGGCUUCAGUCGCUGGCACAUGCAGAUGGGGUAGGGAAAGGCCCCUGCCUGAAACCGGGGAGAGCUGUUGGUAGUCAGUGUAGACAGUACUGAGCUAGAUGGACCAAUGGUCUGGCUCCAUAGAAGGCAGCUUCCUGUGUUCCUAUGGUGCUUAAGGCAGAAAAUCCAAAUGGCACCUUCCCUGAUCAUCAAUUAACAUGGCACCGCUCUAAUUAAUAUUCUAUUACACUUGUUCAAAUCUUCCUAGUGGAUCGUGUAUCAUGGUUCAGAUCUGCCUGCCUCACUCUCUGCCGAAACCGCACACAAAAUCCACUGUUGAGUUGCCAUCUUGCUUUUGCUUUGGCAUAAGGCUUCCUCUCCACUCCAGCCGGAUUGCAUAAAUCCAUGCCCCACAUUUCAAGGCCACAGGCCUUCUCUCUCCCCCUUCUCUCUUUUAUGAAUGAUCCAUAUUGUUUUUAGCAGUCUAUGGGCAUCUCUGCAUUGGUUUUGUGGGGGCAGCACCUCUGGCACACUCAUCUCCAGCCUAUCUGCAGAUUGUGGCAUUCAACAACCGUAAUAUGAUGGCGUCCCCCACCUCCAAUUCCUUUUUGGACUCCAUGUUUCAGUAAACCCAUUAGAUUGGACUGUUUUCUAGUCUUUCCUUUUAAAAGGCAGUUUCUGAGAGCUUGAACUGCUUUGGGAUGAAAAGCAGGGCGUAAAUCUGGAUAUAAGUAACUAAAAUAAAGCUGCUGGUUCUUUCCUGGUCUUGGACUCCAGUUCAUGAGAUACCUACCGAAAACAACCUCUGUGCCACACUAAGUUUCAGUUUUUUGCCAAACCAAGAGAUUGGAUAUGCUAACUUUGGAUAAAUGUCGCAUCUGUGGCUCAACUGUAUUCUUCCUGGCCCAGGCCCAGUGCCAGUGCCACCCCCCCAACCCCCACUUUUGGAAUGAAGCAUCACCCGAGCUAAACUUGUCUUGUGCUCCAUUAGCAACUGUGGUGGUGGUGGUGGGGGGAAUGUGAUCAGCAGCAGCCUCUGCUUAGCCACCAAACAUUUCAGCUGUGCUCUGUAAAUAAUGGAUGAUUUCCCUAAUCUAAUGGAUUGAUUUUCUUUACUUUGUAAAUAAACCAGAGUUUUGUUUGA